AUGUAUGUUGAUUGUGAAUGUGAGUAAAACAUGCAUAUGAUUGACAAGAAAUUUUAUUUUGGCGGCAAACAUUUUUUUAAAUCGAAUUUUUCUUUCAAAAAUCGAGACAAGGUUGGAUCUUGACUAUUUCUAUUAGGUUAAAGACAUUUUCAAACCAAACCUUUCCUGAAAAAUUUUAUCUGUUGAAAUUCAAACAAAGAGAAUAAUAAAUUUGAUUAAAAGCUAAACAACAGCCUAAAAAUGAAAAAAAAUAUAUUGUUUCUGCUCCCUUCACUUCAUUUCUGCUCAGUUUUUCCAACUCGACCUCGAACACCUAAUUCAGGAUUGUUUGCAGCAUGCGAUAACAAUUUCAAAGAAUUUGAGCAACGAAUUUCGGGAAGUAUAUCAUUUAGAAAAUCAAUAAUAUGGCGUUCCCAUUUUCGAACUCGGCCACUGAAUAUUAUAACCAUGUAUAGAUCACGCUUUAUUGAUUCUCCAAAAUAUGUCUGAAAAUUAGAGAUUCUGGGUGAAGAUGCGCUAACUUCUCUCCAGCCUUUAUAUACUCAUUUAAAAAUUAACAAACCUUAUUUGUAUCACUGUCAUAAUGAACAAAUCUAUAAGGCUUCCUGUCAAUCGAAUUUUCCUCAUUAUACAGUAAGCACUUUGGAUGGAGAUGUUGUUGCACAAAAACUGAUGUUAAUUGAAAUGCAUGGUUCGAAUUUUCUGAUUUCACCAUCGCAAUCCCAUUAUGUUCAGAGUUCAGGGGUGAAGGAAUCCGGAAAAUUAUUGGAACCAAAUUUUCUUUCUCGAUUUUCAUUGGAGCAGAUUCCACUUUAUCUCGUGAUUCUCUUGAUUGUAGGUAUUGAAGAUUAUUUCUCAAAAAUUCUUUCUCCACAUAUGAUAAUGAAAAACUUUUCCGGCUGGUGCUCAAUUGCUACAAGUUCACUUGAUAGAAAUUCGAAUUGAAAUGACAAUUGAUUCAUGUUGCCAACACAUCGGACCAUUUGAAAAAUUUUGAAUAUUUUUUAAGGGUUUUUUUUUAUUUAUUUUAUUUUUUUUUAAAUGUUCACACUUUUGAAAAAGAACAAAAUCUGAAAAUUUAGAAUUUCCAUCAAAACAACGUGCAAAAAACAACAAAUGAACGAAAUUCCGAUAAAUGACACCACCCAUAGUUUAUCCUUAUUUUUUUGCAGUUCGACGAAAGAGUGUGCAAAAGAAGAGAGUGCAGAGAAAAGGUCAGCGUUGGAAUGUCUUGAGGGGGAGGAAGUGGCGUCUGUUUAUGCAAUCAUUAUAUCGCUUGUGAGUUUUUGUGUUGGUUUUUUUGUAUAUCCUUAGUUUUUUCCUCAUUUCAGAUCCGUUUUUUCUAGUUUUUUUUAGAUUUGAAUUACUGUGAGCUUAAAGUAAUCAUUCUAGAUGAUUCUUCUUCUUUUUCAUACAGAUAAGGUACUUUUUACUAGGAAAACUUUAGAUUUUUGUAAAAAAAAUAUUUUAUACCUUCCUUUUUCGUAUAUUUUUAUAUUAUUCACGACUUGAAUUAAAUUUUAAUUUCAGAUCUUGCCAAAAUCAUGUCGUCGAAACGUGAAGCAACACAAGAUGCGCCAAUUGAAGGUGGAGAAUCUUCUUCUUCUUCGUCGACUGUGAGUUUGAAUAGAAAACUUGACAAUAACCUAUCACAUUUGAUGCUAUUUCAACUCGAUCAAAAGCAGUUUUCCAAUUUUUAGAACCAAAUGAUUUUUCAGACCGCCAAAAAACCGAAGGCAGAAGGAUCGGAGCCGACAUCAACUGACACAUCAACAACAACCGAAUUGGCUGUGUCGAUUCCAUCGGUGAUUCCAGAAGCGCCAGGUCAAAUUCAAGAAAGUCCGAAUGUUCAAGAAAAUGUUGUUGUUCAACCAAUUAAUGAGGUAAUUAUAUUUUUUCUGAAAUUCCAUGCGAUUUGUUGAAAAAUUCUGCUUUGAGAAACAACUUCAAAAAUCUCAUGAAGCAGUAAAUUUUUCGAUGAAUUGGAAAAAUUUAUUUUCAGCCAAAUCAGGAAUGUCCAACUCACCCAAUUGGUUCAUCAUCAACAACAAAUGCAUCAAAUGAAACAAAUUCGGCAAUUGGUCAAAGAUUGUUGACUCAAACGGAUUUUGAUGAAGUUGGCGAUUCUUCUUCGUCGUCGACCGAGGACAGUCCAACUCACCCAAUUGGUUCAUCUUCAUCGACAAAUUCUGCAUCAAAUGGAGCAACUUCGGCUGUUGUUGGAGAAUUUGUGACUCCAAAGGAGUUGGAAAACGAGGUAAAUAUUCCGCUUUUCUGCAAAAGAUUCAAAUCAAUAAAAGUUUUGAGAACACAUGAAGCUCUAUUUUGUUUUGAAUAAUGAAAACAUUUUCCAGCGAGAUUGGAACGCUCGUUACGAUCAAACACUUCUUCAACUGGGAAUUGGAAGAAUUCGACCGGAUGGAAAGACUGUAAGUAUAUUUCAAAGAAAGAAACACAUUUUAAGUUCUCAAUAAAGAAACAUCAAUUUUUUCAGGUUGUUCCAAUCUCAAUCCCGUUUACCCAAGCAGUUGCAGAUCUUUAUGGUAUCGAUAAGGAAUCACUCCAACCAGAAUUUGGAGAAGGCACAUUGAAAAUGUGCACAAAACUGUUCGAUGGAGUAAGUAUUUAAUUGAAUUUCGUUGAAUUUUAGUCAAAAUCUUUUUUUUUUUUCAGAAGAAGUCAAAAGCUUCAGCUAAGCCUUCUGCUGGACCGUCUUCAUCAGCAACACCAUCAACAUCUUCUGCAACUGCUCCACAAAACCAAGAAGAAAAAGAAGAAGAAAAGAAAGUCGAAUAA